CACUCGUCUAAAUCGCAUCAUGGCACCCAAGACGAGCGGUAAGGCGGCGAAAAAGUCCGGCAAGGCGCAGAAGAAUAUUUCGAAGACAGACAAAAAAAAGAAGAAGCAUAAGAGGAAGGAGAGUUACGCCAUCUACAUCUACAAAGUGCUCAAGCAGGUGCACCCGGACACCGGUAUCUCGUCGAAGGCCAUGUCCAUCAUGAACUCUUUCGUGAACGACAUCUUCGAACGUAUCGCGGCCGAGGCGUCCCGUCUUGCGCACUACAACAAGCGUUCCACGAUCACAUCCCGGGAGGUGCAAACGAGCGUGAGGCUCCUGCUGCCCGGUGAGCUGGCCAAGCACGCGGUCAGCGAGGGCACCAAGGCGGUGACCAAGUACACGAGCUCGAAGUGAAGAAGAUAUUUAAUAUUAAUUAUAAAGGCCCUUUUCAGGGCCACUAUUUGGUUCAGAUACAGAUUAGAUCAUGAUAGUUUUAUUUUGUGUGUGCGCGCACCAUUCGCCACUACAAUAUAUCGCUAUUAUGCUCUCAUAUUAAUUUAUUUAUUUCUACCGAUAACAUAUUGCGUUGUUGUUGUUAUAAAGCAUACGUUUACUACAUUAUAUGUAAUUUAUAUAAUAUUACCUAUGUAUUGGUCGUUUAUUAUAUUUAGCGGCAAGUUUACAUACGCUACGAAUUAUUUAUAAGUAUCUAGGAUAUUAAAAAUUAA